CCACGUGGAAAGUGUAGUACUAUGAAUUGUGCCUGUAGGCGUGUCUCUUUCCUCGCCUUUCCUACUUCCUCGUUUGUCUAUCUUCAUAUUCUUCUACCAGACACCAAAUCUUAUAAACAAAGCACACUCUUGUCUUCCUGCUUCCUAUCUUUUGUGUCUGCAAAUGGCGAUGCUCAAUGUCUCUGCUGCUCUUCUUCCUAUCAGCAUUCAUCCUCUUCCUCCUCCUCCUCUACUUCCUUUCUCACCAACUUUGUCCAAACUUUACACUGGCCCAUGGGCUCCUGCAAGAAGAACACUCCUUAUCAGUCCUACUUCUGCAAUGAAGAAGGAGACUGGCAUAGCCAUUGAUAUGACUAACAAAGAAGAAGAAGAAGAAGAAGAAGAAGAAGAAAUGGAGGAGCCCAGUGAGACCCUAUUGUACUCCUUCGCUCCUUUGCCUUUGCUCUUUGUGACUGCUCUUCCUGGAGCUGGAGCUGUGAGAUCUGUGUUUGCACCUUUUGUUGAGCUUAUUAAGUCAUGGAAUCUCCCCGACUGGCUUGUACAUUGGGGUCAUCCCGGGAACAUGGCGGUUGUGCUCUUAGCAAUGGGUGGCUAUGGAACAUAUCUAGGAUUCCGUAUACGUUUUUCUGAUGAUGGGGAAGAGAAGGCUAUGGCCAAAGACUUGCACCCCAAGCUUCUAGGUGGGAUGUUUUUCUUCUUUGCUCUUGGAGCAACUGGUGGAAUUAUGGCUCUCCUCACUUCAGACAAACCCAUCUUUGAGAGUCCUCAUGCUAUAACAGGCAUCAUUGGCCUUUCUCUCUUGACCAUACAAACCAUAUUACCUGCACUUUUUGAGAAUAAUCCUGGGUUAAGAAACCUUCAUGGUAUCUUGGGUAGCGGGAUAAUGUCACUCUUUCUUGUGCACGCUGCCCUAGGGCUUCAACUUGGCCUUAGUUACUAAUUCAUUUUAUAUAUAUAUAUAUAGUUAAUGAAUAAUUUUUUUAACCGUUCAGAUUUAAUUUACUCGCUCUAUUUUGUAAAAAUU